AGCGAAUUGUCUUGAUGUCAUUUUGUAGUUUUAAAUUUUGGAUUUCUAAUAUUUGUAUUUUUGUCUGCCACUGGGAUAUUUUUCUAAAACAGUGCCAAAGGUAAGAAAUAUAUCCUAAUCGGACAUGACGGGCUUGAGAAGUGAAAUGCGAUACCUGAAUCCCUAUGAUGUUCACAAAAUGCUGAUAAACGAAUAUGUUUUGCGACGGCCUGGGGACACCGCUUUAUUAAAAAGAGACGCAUCCAAGGAUAGAACAGAUUACCAUGUAAUCAGAGACAAUCACAAAUUCCUUUGGGACGACAAUGAUACCCCUUUGACUUGGGAAGAGCAGUUUGCUAGAAAAUAUUAUGAAAAAUUGUUUAAAGAAUACUGCAUUGGGGAUUUGAGUUUGUACAAAGAAAACAAGGUAUAAUCGGAUCGCCUUACUUACUAGAAAUGAGUUUGUAAGGUGGCAUUGAGAUGGCGAAUAGAAAAAGAAGUCAUCAGUGGCAAAGGACAGUUUAUCUGCGGUAAUAAGAAAUGCAACAGUGACGAGAAUCUGAGAACUUGGGAGGUCAAUUUUGCAUAUAUAGAGAAGGGAGAAAAGAAAAAUGCAUUAGUUAAAAUAAGAUUGUGUCCUGCCUGUUCAAAAAAACUGAACUACCACACACGAAAGAAAGAGAUCAAAAGGUUAAAAAAAGGGAGCAAGAGAAAAUCAAAAUCAGAAAAAGAAACAGAUGAUACUCAUCAUGCUUCUUCAAGUAGUAAGGAAUCGUGCAGUAGUGACAGCCAAAAGGUUAAUAAUGAAGAGUUAGCUUCAACUUCAGCUAUCAAUAAUGAGGAGUCACCAUGGGAAAAUCACAAACCAGUGGAAGUUAAGUCAAGAGAAGAAGAAAUGGAAGAGUAUUUACAAGAUUUGCUUCUUUAGAACUAGACGUACAUAGUAAUGCUUUUUUUUAUUGAUUUUAAAGUAUGUUAUAUUUCAAAAUACUACUUCAGUAAUAGAAUUCACAAAACUGAAAAAAUACAAGACAUUUGAGUCUUGUCAUAUUUUCCAAAUAUACAUAUCUAUGCGUCAACAGGUUAGUUGUUUUUUAUUACCCUUUCCUAACUGACUAUUCAAGGGCAACCAGUGCAAAUUUCUUAGGACUCCCAAAUCGUAGCUCCAGGCUCUACCUUGGCACUUAAGUUACAGGCUCUG